AUGUAUCCUACGCCUCAAGAAAAGGCUGCUGUAGAAGCAGCUGAAAAGCUCAUGGUGGAAACUAUGGCUAGAUACGACCCUUCUCACGACGCGUUUCAUGUCGAACGCGUUCGAAAGACAGCAUUGUCAAUUGCACGCGCUUUACCUUCGCAAAAACCUGACCUCUUGGUCGUCGAAUUGGCUGCGCUCCUUCACGAUGUCCUGGACAAGAAAUACGUUUCUGCGGCCGAAGCAGCUGACCCUUACAAGUUCUUCUUACCUUUCUUUGAACAACUGGCUUCAGGGCUCGAUCUGGAUCUAUUAACUGAUGGCCGUGGACGUCAAAUUUCAAAAAUAGUGGAGAAUGUAUCUUGGACGACAGAAAAGAACUGCGCGAAAUGUCCUUUACAUGCGCCGCCUGGCAGUACAGCUAAUGAAAGUACAGCCAUUCAACAUUUCCAUGACAAGCUGUUACACAUCCAGGGUCGGCUGAAGACAGAACCUGGAAAAAGAAUGGGAACAAAAAGACAUCAAGUUAUACUGGAUUUCCUGGCCUCUAUUGAAGAAGAAUAUCAAACUGAUUAG